UAUCAUCUGUCUUUUGUUCACUUUGGUUCUAGCAGCAGAAAAUGACAGAGACUUUAAGAUGUGUGGAACGUGGCGCCAUGGCAGUGCACCCCGAAAUCUGAAGUAUGAUUUGAAAACAGGCUGUAAGGAAAUUGAGAUUUCAGCCAAUGAGAGCACACUCUCUAUUCAGGGCAGUAUCACAGCCAAGUGCACACAAUCUUCAUCCAUUAAUCUAAAAUCAAACCCUCUUAAAAAUCAAAGUCAGUUCUGUGUGUUCUGGGAGCCGCUGCUGGACCUGCUGAUAGUGCAGGUCAAUGGAAAGAAUCACACUCUGUGUCGACCAAAUGGUCUUCAAGGAACGUGCUGCACUGACCUCUCACCAGGGGAUCAAGAAGCUGCUGCUCUGUAUGGCAUUGUGAAUGGCAGCAUCCAGGGUGAUACCAUCAGUUAUGAUGUCAUGGAAAAAUAUACAUUUCGAGGAGAUACAAUCAACUGCAAGAAGAAAUUCUGUGAUGAGGCAAGUAAGAAGCCCAGUGGAGCAAACAUGAUAGAGGAAGUAGUGAUGAAAUCCAAUGAAAGGGGUCGGCUGGAUCUACCUUGUGCUCAGAGCACAGUCAUUGAGAUGAAGGAGGGUUUCACAGGACUCAAUUUCACUCUGCCAGCCCCUCGAACUGCAGCACCAAACAUGAUACCCUCGGUUUAUCUUCCCUCCUGCCUGAAAUCAAAGUCAAGGAGCACAUCCAAAGUGGUGUGUACUUACUACAAAGACAAAGCAUUAUUUCAGGGGGGAUCGUCUGAUGCAGUUCUUCUGGAUGACAUAGUUGGACUCUCUGUGGAGAAUGAGAGCAUCAAAAACCUCUCAGAACCUGUCAGAAUCAGGUUUCAUCACUCUCCUCUCCCAACUAACCAUUCUAGAAGAUGUGUUUCAUGGGACACAAGACAAUAUAUUGAAGUGAAUUGGAGAUAUGACGGCUGUGAGACUGUUGAAAUUCAUGACAGAGAGACAGAAUGUAGCUGUAAUCACCUCACAUACUUUGCCAUUCUUGUGCAAGUGGAACAGAAGGCUACAGUUCGCCAUCUAAAGGCUCUGACAUUCAUUACUGCUGUGGGCUGUGCCGUGUCCUUAGUUAGCUGUUUGGUUCUCUUCUAUUGGCUCUGUAAACGCAGAGGGAAGAAAACCCAGAUCUCACUGGUGCACCGUGGUCUAGUGGUGGCGAUAUUUCUUCUGUGCUUGUUCUUCAUUCUUACUGGUGCACUGGCCAAUGUAGGAGAUGAAAUAGUUUGCAAGAUAACAGGAUCCCUUCUGCAUUAUGCACUGCUCAGUACCCUCUGCUGGAUGGCUAUGGAGGUGUUUCACACAUUCUUGUUGAUCCGCAAGGUGUUCAACUCAACUCUUCCGCCAUGGAUAUUUUACUUGGGAGGCUUUGGUCUCCCGGUUCUGCUGGUUGGUAUACUGCUCUUAACAGGAGAUAUAUAUGGCAAAAGGAGUAUUGUACCAAGUGAUGAUGUCAACAAUACUUACCACAUGUGCUGGAUGUUGAAGAAUGAAAAGAGCCUAUUGGCUCAUUACAUCAUUAAUGUUGGCUUACUGGCUGUUGUGGUGAGCUCUGGUUCAGUCAUGCUUUUCGUUGUGGUGCGUGAGAUCCGCAACCGACCUGACUGGAAGAAGAUUCAUGUGGCUUUUCUUAGUAUAUGGGGUCUCACCUGUCUGUUUGGCACAACAUGGAGCCUGGGUUUCCUGGAUUUUGGCCCUCUGUCAGAGGCCAUUCUCUUCCUCUUCUGUAUUAUCAAUUCCUUACAAGGAUUUUUUCUCAUGCUGCGAUACUAUGCUCUUGAGCAGAUGAAAAAGAAAGAUAGGUCCAUUUCGGAUGGGAGCAGUUCUGGAUCUUCAAAACAGCAUAUGUUACAGACUCAUGAAAAGAGUUAGAAGUCUGGUGAUGCUCAAAGAGUGUCUCUCUGAAAUUGCCAAAUUUCACUUCUUUCAGAGAUGUUACCAUGAAAGAUUAUUCACAAAGGGCAUUUGUAAAGAUCCUUUCUCACCCUGCAGGUCAGGGUGUGGCAUGUUCCUCAGAUGACAUUGCACUGAUACUGGGUACCAGAGUGUCGGGUAAUUGAGUAUAAAUGCUUCACUUGUCAUAAGCUGUAUUUCUGUAUUCAUAUUCUUAGUACGAGUAUGAUAGUUUGUUUCAGCCUGGCACUUUAGCUUUUUUACUACGGUGUAAAACUGCUGUAUUCUUUGUGAGAUAUUAAUAGGAGUUCUAGGAAAUCACUUUUAAUAAUGAAUUUAAAAAAUAUUUUCAUUUUGUGGUGAAAAAGUUGUGUAAGAUAAGUUAAGGCAAUGUUGUAAGUUGAAACUGCCAAAAAAGUGCAUUCCUCAUGUAUCUUCAGGAUCAAGGUAAAUGAGCUCAGCAAACGCUGUAUUAGUUCUGUCAGAUGUAGGUGGCACUUUUGUUCAUUCUUCAGAGUUUUGUAGUGAAAGAGUAAAGCACAAACUUUGUAGUUUGUUUUGUUUGAAAUAUUU